AUUCAAAUCUAGAUGGCGCUGGCAACUUGGUUGGUAGCCUUAUCGUUGGUAGUAUCCUUAGAAUAUAGCUUUCAAACAUCCUCAAACAAGACUGGUCCUUUUUGUCCUUUCUUUGGAAAUAGAGCACCAAAGGCUCAGCCUUACUUAAAGAAUUGUACGUGGUUUUCAGCAUAUUCCUGUUGUGAACAACAGGAAAUCGAAGCAACCUUCAUUAAAGUAAAACCGUUAAAAGGAGCUUCAAAGGAAUGUCAAUACUUUAUUAAUUAUCUUAUGUGCUAUAUAUGUUCUCCUAAUCAAUCUAUGUUCUAUUCAAAUGAACGCUUAACUGUUUGUUUAGAAUUUUGCAACAAUUUAUACAAAGCCUGUGGAGACGCAGAAUUGAAAGGUACACUUAUAAAAUUGUGGUAUAAAACAGGAGUAGAUUUCUGUAAAUCAAGAAGUUUUGAAGUCAGUAAAGAUACUGGGAAGUGCUUCAGAGUUGAAGAUCAAUACAAGAACCUAAUGAUAUUUAAUACUUCACCGUCCGUGAAUUUUAAAUCAAUUCCUUUACACCUAUUGAUAUUAAUUAAGACGUUUUUGAACUGAUAGCAAAAGGAUUUUGCAGCUGAAUCCAUUAUAUUUAUACAUAUACAAUUAUAACAAAGAAUGAAGAUAAUUCUAUUUGUUUCUAUUGUUUGUUUAGUAUCUCUUGUUUCAAGCUAUGAUGGCUUAAAGGUUUUAAAUGACAUCAUUGUUUCUAUGGACAGAGGUUUAAACUUUCUUAAUAGUCAGAUAGGAUCGCUUAAUUUAGAUUCAAUUAUUGGAACUAGAAUAGUUGAGGACCAAUUACGUAUUGCUCAUGAAAAUCAUCCUAAGUCAGAAUAUUUGGUUGAAAUUCUACAAAAGAUAGAAAAACUUCAACGUGAUGCUUCUCUUAUCAGUAAUAAAUCAAUACCUUAUCUUAAGCUGCAAGAGCCAAAUUAUUAUUGGAAGAUGAAAGAUAUUAUUGCACCUGGAAGUUGGUUAAUCAAUAAACGCCAUGAUGAUUUAUUACUUGUAAAAAAAACUCAAUUUGUUAUUGGAAGAGAAGAAAUGGACGGAAGUUUUUCAGAUUAUUGUAUAUCAAAUCUCUUCCGGAAAAACUCCAAUUGCAGAAUUUCAAAAUCUUGCAAUAAAGUUAUGACUUCCCCUUUUUUCAAUCAAUAUUCAUUAACUCAUCAAGUAUUCUUUUGGCUAAUUUUCGAAAGGGCUGGCUGUUUUCUGUACGAUAGCAGUGUGUUUAUCAAUUAUUUCACCCAACAUUCCUGUUCUCGAGUUUUUCUUGAAGCUAGGGAAUUCGAAAAAGAAGGUUAUCCGAAGGACGGGAGAGAUCUCUUUAUGGAACAGACUGCAAUAUGUGGUCUAAGAGGUUUUCGAAGGAAUUUCUGUAAUGCAAAUUGGCUGAAAGAAAUUUUGAAAUGGCAAAAAUCAUCUGGUUGUUGGGGAGAGUCAUCUUCCAACAAAAGAGAUGAGAAAGGAUUAAAGGGUGGUUGUCUUGCCCAUCAAACAGCUGUUGCAUUGGCGGCUCUCUCGCAACAUUUACGUUUUAAUCUUGUCCAAUUUUAG